CUAUCUUUUAUGCUCUCAUUGCUUCAAGAUAUCUCCCUUUUACUGCAAAGAGAUCUAGAAAAAAAUGGCAUACAAUCUUCAAUAUCUCAUCACCAUCCUACAACAAAUCCUUCAUCCUGAUCAAACCCACUGGACUUUUGAUCACAACAAACCACAGCUCGAAUCACUACUCGAAAAAGCUGAAUCUCUGAUGCAGAUUCUUGAAAAAUCUUCACACAUCCAAAUAACAAAUUUGGAGAGCCAAAUCAGAGAUACAGUGUAUAAAGCAGAGGAUAUUAUUGAGUCACAGAUGGUUCAUCAAAUGCUUUCCAACCCAGAGAGUGAGAGCUUGACCUUUUCCACCCCAAAUCUGCAGCAAGCACUCAAGAGCUUGAUUCUGCAAUGGUUUUCUUGCAUGAUCUAACACCAGAUUUGCAGCAAGCAACUCAACAACUUGAAUCUAUGAAGCUCGUGGAAGAAUUGGAGGAAAAGAGUGCUUCUUCCUCGAGAUCUAAGAGUGAUUUGGUGGGAGUUGAUGCAUUUCUGUUGGAGUUGAAGGAUCGUCUCACGAAUAUGGAGAAGAAGGUGAAGAUCAUACCCCUCGUAGGUAUGGGUGGUGUCGGUAAGUCCACCCUUGCUCGAAAACUUUAUGACGAUCCGUAUACUGCUUCUCACUUUCAUUAUCGUGGGUGGGCUGCUAUUUCGCAAGUUCCAAAUGUGCGAGAAAUUAUGUUGAGUCUUCUUUGUGGCCCGAAUGAAAAGGUAAGCAAUGAAAUAAUUGGAUGCGGAGAUUAUGAGUUGAGAGAAAUAUUGCAUAAGAGGUUGUUUGGGCGAAGAUACAUAAUUGUGUUGGAUGAUACAUGGAGCACGAAAGUCUAGGAUGAGAUAAGGAUGUAUUUCCCGGAUAAUAAUAACGGGAGUCGGAUUGUGAUCACUACUAGGGAGUCUGAUGUGGCUGAAUAUGUUGCGGGCUCAAAGAGCUUGCAUCAUGUGCAGUUGUUGAACAAGUCUGUGAGUCGGGAUCUACUUUGUCGCAUUGUGUUUGGAGAAGAGGAUUGCCCUGACGAACUGCAAGGGGUGGUGGCUAAGAUUGGGAGUGAUUGUAGUGGGCUUCCUCUUGCCAUUCAUGUGAUUGGAGGGCUCUUGUCAAUGGUCGAAAGAUCAAGAGAUGUUUGGGAGAAUGUUUCAAAGGAUGUAAAAGCUUCAAUUGUUGAAUCGGACGAGCAUUUCUCAAAUAUAUUAUACUUGAGUUAUAACCACUUGUCAAUUCACUUGAAACCAUGUUUCUUGUAUAUGGGAGCUUUUCCAGAAGAUUAUGAUAUUAAGGGAUCUAGACUCAAGAGUCUGUGGAUAGCUGAAGGAUUUGUAAAAUAUAACACAGAUGAGAGUUUGGAGGACGUGGUCGAGGAUUACUUAAAAGCUCUAGUGGAGAGGAAUCUAAUUUCGGUUGGAGGAAAACAAAUAGAUGGGAAACCAAUGACUUACUCAAUCCAUGAUCUGUUGAGGGAUCUAUGCACAAGGAAGGCUAACGAAGAGAAGUUUUUAAACCUCAAGGAUUCAAUGCGCCGUGUAAGUGUUCAGUCAUCAUAUCAAAUGGAAGAUGUGAAUGCUUCACCCCAAUUGACGUCACUUGCUCGAUCUUUUAUAUGCACUGGUCAGGAGAUUAUUUCUCCUGUCUUUUCCAUGUUAAGAUUGGUUAGGGUUCUAGAUGUAAUAGGAAUGGUAUUCAAGGAGUUCCCUGAAGAAAUAUUCCAACUUGUCAACUUACGAUUGCUUAGCUUUCUCUUACACUUUAGAUUUGAGGAGCUUACCUAUUCAUAA